UUCAAAUAUGGCGGUAAACAGUGGAUGGUUGGAACUUGAGAGCGACCCAGGGCUCUUCAGUUUGCUGAUCGAGGAGUUUGGUGUCAAGGGAGCUCAGGUGGAAGAGAUUUAUGAUUUGUCUAAGCCAUUUAGAGGGCCUGUCUAUGGAUUCAUUUUCCUUUUUAAGUGGAUCGAAGAGAGGAGAUCAAGGCGUAAAAUUCAACCCUUAGAGGAGAUGUUUGUGGAGGAUGAGGAGACCAUCCGAGAUAUAUUUUUUGCCCAGCAGGUCAUCCCAAACUCAUGUGCCACUCACUCAUUACUGAGUGUCCUCCUUAACUGUACUCAUAUUCACCUGGGUGAAACUCUCAGCAGGCUGAAGGAGUUUUCUAAUAAAUUUGACCCAGAGAACAAGGGAUAUGUGAUUGGUAACUUGCCAGAAUUGGCUAUGGCACAUAACAAGUUUGCCAGACCUGAGCCAAAGCUUUUACCUGAGAAAACCAAUGCUGUGUCAACUGGUCGUGCUAUGGAGGCUUUUCACUUUGUUAGUUAUGUACCCAUCAAGGGCCGCCUGUUUGAGCUGGAUGGACUUAAACCAUAUCCAAUUGAUCAUGGUCCUUGGGGGGAGAAUGAAGAAUGGACAGAAAAAUUCCGCAGAGUAAUAACUGAAAGGCUGGGAAUAGCUACUGGAGGUGAACCUUACCAUGAUAUCAGGUACAACCUGAUGGCUGUUGUUGCCGAUGGAAUGACAAUAUGUGAGGAAAAACUGAAAACUUUGAGUAUUGAAAGGGAAAGCAUAUUGGAGUCACUAAAGAAGUUUGAUCCUGUUACAACGAAAGACUCCGCGCCGAUAAUAGCAAACGAGUCUGGUUCCACGGCAAACAACACGACCCAAGACAAUUCACAGCCUACUACAGCGGCCGUAGUGACUGUUACACCUACUGUUGCCAUGACAACGUCAGGGGGUAUCACCACGAAUGUUACCAUGGAGACCUCAUCUAACAAUGCUUCAAAUGACUCUGAGACUUCAAAACUACAAGAGGCAGAUAAAGGGAAGUCCGAAACGCGAACAGGAGACAGCGAACAAGCAAAGGAGAAGAAGGGGAAUCGAUUCUCGGCGACUAAUGACAGCGUGACACCUGACGAUACUUCUGAAAAACAGGUUGAUAAAAAUCCUGUAAUUUCCCCCGAGUUAGAGCCCCCAGCUUCACCAACGGGGAGUACCCAUUCAGACUCUGGCGCCUCGCAAACUGGGGAAACCACGGAGACUGCGCCCUCGGAAGACCAGGCUGAUUAUGAAGAGACAUUUUCAUUCUCUGAUUCCGAGACUGUGGCCAGCAGUCACGACGAUAGAGCGGGCGCAGAAAAUUCGGCGAGUGACGAAGAAAAUGGGGAGAAAGGAAUUUCGUCAAAUCCAAAAGUUUCUCAGGGAGCUUCAAAGUCCAUAAACCAAGACGGAGUACAUAGUUACGGCUUUUCCAUCCCAUUAAGUGAGCUGGCGAAGAUUUCAGAGGAAAGCCAGGCUCUGGUAACUCAACUUCACCACGUUGAACGUCAAAUCCAAGCAUGUGAGAAUUCCCUGAGAGAAGAAAAGGAGAAACGAAGGAAGUAUUAUGUGGACCACAGCCGGCGUACACACGACUACGAUCCCUUUAUUCGGACAUUUGUGACCAUGUUAGCUGAGCAAGGGCAUGUAGCACAGCUUGUGGAACAACAGACUUCACUGAAGCGACGGCUGGCUCAAACAAGACCUCCCUUAAAACAGCUUAAAAGAGUUUAUAAAAGGAGAAAGCCAAGGUGAAUUCUAGCACUGAAGUGAAGAAGAGAGAAAAGAUCUUCUCGAUGAUGGGAAAUACUUUGUAUACCAAAUGGAGGGGGUUAACAUCAAACUUCGAGUUGGGCUCAAUGUAUUGAAGCGGUUUUUAGUGGUUAAAGUGAUUUUUAAUUGAUUGUUGUCCAAGUUGUCACAAUGGGCAACCAAAACAAAGAAAAGUAUGAGAAGAAGCCAUUCAAUGAUCAAAGUAAACCAACUGAAAUGGCUUCACGUGCAGGGAAACGUGAGUGGUCAAUUUACGAUCGCGUGUAGUUUGCAUCUGACUGGUUGAAAAGUGGCGGGAGUUUUCCAAGCCAAUCAAACAAUGCGAAAAAGAUAAAGUCGAUUGGAACGGCCCCCAACAAAAUUUAGAAUCCAAUACAUUUUUCUUCGCCAGUCAUGUUAUGCAAGCUUCUCUACGAAGAUGAAGAAAGUACUAUUUUUAGUUUUUGUAAGAAGCAUUUCAAACGAAAAGAACAGUAUUCAAUGAACAGUAGACGAGGAAAUCUUAUUUGUAUAAAUGCUGUAUAUAUCAUUCAUAGAAUAAAACGUUUAGUUAUGUUA